CCCGGACGUGAGGCAUGAGCGGCGCCCUCCGCCGGCCCGCUCGCGUCCUGCCACCUCCCCGAGCGAGGGUCGCGCGGCGCGGGGCCUAGCGCGGCGGCCGCCAUGGAGGUGAGCGGGCCCGAGGACGACCCGUUCCUGGCGCAGCUGCACCGGGUGCAGUGCCCCGUGUGCCAGCAGACCAUGCCCGCCGCGCAUAUCAACUCGCACCUAGACCGCUGCUUGCUGCUGCACCCGGCGGGCCACGCGGAGCCCGCGCCGCCCCGCGCCAAGCGGCGCCGGCCGUCCGAGAGCUCCGCGCUCAAGCAGCCGGCCACGCCGACGGCGGCCGAGAGCAGCGAGGGCGAGGCCGAGGAGCCGGACGACGGCGGCGAGACCGAGAGCCGAGAGAGCUACGACGCGCCGCCCACGCCCAGCGGCGCGCGGCUCAUCCCCGACUUCCCGGUGGCGCGGCCCGGCAGCCCCGGCGGGAAGGGCGCGGGGCAGCGGCCGGCGGCGGCGGCGGGCAGCGCGUCCCCGCGGAGCUGGGACGAGGCGGAGGCGCCGGAGGAGGAGGAGGCGGCGGGCGACGCGGACGGCGAGGACGACGCGGGCCGCUGGGACGCGGACGCCGCCGCCGCCUUCGAGGCCCCGGGGGGCCGCCCGCACGCCCGGGCCCCCGCGGCCGAGGAGGUGCGGCAGCUACUGGAGGGGAAGCCGCUGGCCGACACGAUGCGGCCCGACGCGCUGCAGGACUUCGUGGGGCAGGGCCGCGCCGUGGGGCCCGAGACGCUGCUGCGCUCGCUGCUCGAGGCCAACGAGGUGCCCUCGCUUAUCCUGUGGGGGCCGCCGGGCUGCGGCAAGACCACGCUGGCCCACAUCAUAGCUAACAACAGCAAGAAACACAGCGUGAGGUUCGUGACGUUGUCGGCGACCAGCGCCAAGACAACCGACGUGCGCGACGUCAUCAAACAAGCUCAGAACGAGAAGCGCUUUUUCAAGAGGAAGACCAUCCUUUUUAUUGACGAGAUUCAUCGGUUCAAUAAGUGCCAGCAGGACACGUUCCUUCCUCACGUGGAGUGUGGAACCAUCACGCUGAUUGGGGCGACCACGGAGAACCCCUCCUUCCAGAUCAACGCCGCCCUUCUGAGCCGCUGCCGAGUUAUCGUUCUCGAGAAGCUUCCGGUGGAGGCCGUGGUGGCCGUCUUGAUGCGGGCGAUCAACUCCCUGGGGAUCCACGUCCUGGACUCCAGCUGCCCUGCCGACCCUCUGGGCCACGGCAGCAGCAGCGGCUCUGAGCCCUCCGUGUUCAUAGAGGACAAGGCAGUGGACAUGCUGGCCCGCCUGAGCGACGGGGACGCACGGACCGGACUGAACGGGCUGCAGCUGGCAGUGCUGGCCAGGCUGAGCGCCAGGAAGGCGUUCGGGAAGAAGAGCGGGCAGAGCUACCCUCCCAGCCGCGUGCUGGUCACCGAGAGCGACGUGAAGGAGGGCCUCCAGCGCUCUCACAUCCUGUACGACCGAGCAGGAGAGGAGCAUUACAACUGCAUCUCCGCGCUGCACAAGUCCAUGCGGGGCUCGGACCCGAGCGCCUCCCUCUACUGGCUGGGGCGCAUGCUGGAGGGGGGCGAGGACCCGCUGUACGUGGCCCGGCGGCUCGUGAGGUUUGCCAGCGAGGACGUGGGUCUGGCCGACCCGUCUGCAUUAACACAAGCAGUCGCUGCCUACCAAGGCUGUCACUUUAUAGGCAUGCCCGAGUGCGAGGUGCUCCUGGCCCAGUGCGUCGUCUAUUUGGCCCGAGCCCCGAAGUCUAUCGAGGUGUACAGCGCCUACAGCAACGUCAAGGCCUGCCUGCGGAGCCACCAGGGGCCCCUGCCCCCCGUCCCCCUGCACCUGCGCAACGCGCCCACCAGGCUCAUGAAGGAUCUAGGCUAUGGCCAGGGCUAUAAGUACAACCCCGUGUACAGCGAGCCCGUGGGCCAGGACUACCUGCCCGAGGAACUGAGGGGCGUGGAUUUCUUUAAGCAGCAGCGGCGGUGCUGACUCGGAGGCGGGGCCGGGG